UGAUGCGAAUCUAUUAGCCAGCAGGCACAUCCUACCUUAUCACAGUGUGAUCUCUAUCUCGGACUCUCGGUCUAAUGCUAAGCCAUCGGUCCACUUCUACAGAAUUAUGCUUUUUAGGAAAGUUCAAUCGUUGAACUUUCUUCACCUGAAACUUGCUCACGCUAAACCUAUUUGCGGCUGUCCAUCUUAUAGCCUUCCCAAACAAUCCUAUACUCAUACAUAGAAUCGGUCAAAAUCUUGGUCAAUUACUCCAAGUGGAUAGCUCCAAUAAACACAAUCAAGCAAAAAUCCUCCACAAUCUUAAUUGAAAAUGGCAGGUAAAGAACCAGUUAUCAUCACAGACAAGGAAGAGAUGAGAAAAUGGACAAGAACCAUGAGAUCCAAAAACCAUACAAUUGGCUUUGUCCCCACUAUGGGUUACCUUCACGACGGCCAUCUUUCUCUAGUCCAAGAAGCACAAAAACAUACUGACCUUAUAGUUGUGUCCAUUUAUGUAAAUCCAGGUCAAUUUUCACCCAAUGAAGAUCUUUCUACAUACCCUUCUGAUUUUCAAGGCGAUAUUCAGAAACUCAAGUCUGUUGCUAAUGGUGUUGAUGUUGUAUUCCACCCCAAGAAUUUGUAUGACUAUGGGAAUUCUGAAAUGGGACUAAUUAGGUCAGCUGAGAAUGAGGGUUUAAAGGUAGUAUCUUGUGUUGAAGAUAAAGGGAUGGGGCAUGAAACUUGGGUUAGAGUUGAAAAUUUGGAAAAAGGGUUGUGUGGGAAGAGUAGGCCAGUUUUCUUUAGAGGGGUUGCUACUAUUGUCACCAAGUUGUUCAAUAUUGUUGAGCCUGAUGUUGCUGUCUUUGGCAAGAAGGAUUAUCAACAAUGGAGGAUUAUUCAGAGAAUGGUUCGAGAUCUUGAUUUUGGGAUAAAGGUGAUUGGUUCUGACAUAGUACGAGAGCAUGAUGGCCUUGCAAUGAGUUCCCGCAAUGUGAAACUUUCGCCUGCGGACAGACAAAAGGCUUUGUCUAUUAGCCGAGCACUGUCUAAAGCCAAAGUUGAGUCAGAAAAGGGACAGGUCAACUGCGGAGAGCUGAUAAAUUCAGCAAUUCAAACCAUAGAUGAAGCCGGUGGAAGGGUCGAUUAUGCUGAGAUUGUGGAGCAAGAAAGUUUAGAGCCGGUGGAAACAAUCAAGAGACCAGUUGUAUUCUGUGUAGCAGCAUGGUUUGGAAAGGUCAGGCUCGUUGACAACAUGGAAAUAAAUAUAUGACAUGGAGCCACCAAAUAUAUAUACGAUAACCAAAUAUAGAAAAACAGAGGUGAAGUACAAGUCCCUGGUUUGCAAGAAGAUUUUGCAGUUUGUAAAAGCCAUCUAAAAAUGACUUUUCUCAAAGGAAGCCAACUGGAGAAGAAAUGGCUUCAAGUGGAGGAAUCAUCUUUCCAACUGCAAGAAGAAUACGGAGCACUUAGCUAGUCUUUUCAUACUGCUCUACUAUUGUCUUGGUUUCUUUUUUAGGGUGAGAACCAGAACCAUCAUUUACUGAUUCUUCGACAAGUCUGAUCAUCCUCCUGACCUCGGCUAUAAAAUCAUUUCUUUGUUCUGACGUUUAA